GGGUCCUUCAAUAGGAUAUUUUUCCUUAAAUAACAGCUUAAACCCUCGAUAAACCUUACAGCUCCUCCAACUCAAAGCCACAUUUCUCCACCUAAUAAUGGCGCUGUUCUCCACCAGGCGCACUUUGGCUUCUACCCUUUACCGUGCACUCUCUUCCUCUCCUUCAUCAUCAUCUAGAUUUCGUUUUGUAGUUCCCCUUUUCUUAAAUCCCCAAAACCACAACCCAUCAGAGCAAUUUGUUCCGACCCGACCCAAGACAUCCGGGUCGGGUUACUCUCCCCUAAAUGAUCCAUCUCCAAACUGGAGUAACAGGCCGCCUAAGGAGACUAUACUUUUGGAUGGAUGUGAUUAUGAGCAUUGGCUCAUCGUUAUGGAGUUUCCUGAACCUAAACCGUCUGAGGAAGACAUGAUUAAUGCUUAUGUUAAAACUAUUGCUGCUGUUGUUGGAAGUGAGGAAGAAGCAAAAAAGAAGAUUUACUCUGUUUGUACAACCACAUACACUGGGUUCGGUGUUUUGAUAUCUGAAGAGCUUUCCUACAAAGUUAAAGGUCUACCUGGUGUUUUGUGGGUCUUGCCAGAUUCAUAUCUAGAUGUCCCCAACAAGGAUUAUGGAGGGGAUCUGUUCGUAGACGGAAAAGUCAUCCAUAGGCCACAAUAUAGAUUUAGUCAAAGCCAAGGUACUAGACCCAGGCCACGACCUCGUUAUGAUAGACGCCGGGAGACUAUGCAGGUUGAAAGAAGAGAACCAAUUCAAAGAGGAGCAUGGGCACCUAAUCAGCAACCUCCUGCACAACCAGCAUCAAUCGAAGGCCAGAAUUUCUCCCCUGGUGCUGGAGGAGGUCCGGCAGGAUCUCAGGGGAACAAUAGUUGAAGUUCCUAUGCCAAUUGUCAUACAGUAAAAUCUGUAGUAAUGGGAUUAGGUUGGGUCGGAUAUUAUUUGCUCAUAAAUUGUUCUUUUCAUUAGUUCUCAACUUAGCGAAAAGGCAUAUUUUCCAGGUGAUUGAAAUGUGAAUAUCUUUUCGUAUCUGUUCACAUAAAGAGCAAUUAUAUCAUAUAUUA